AUCGUUAUAAUGGUGCUUCCCAUAAUAUCCUUUAUAUUGGGUCUCGAUGAAAGAUGAUUCUAGGCCUCUAUUGCUUAAUCUUGUGCCGUGUAUGGCAUUGCGACGUGUCUCAAAUCGCCCAAUGGAUAGGAAAUGAUAGAAUGCAGGCCUGUGGUGAGGCUUGUUUGUGUUUGUAGGGAAAAGUAACUAACGGUUGCUGCAUGUAUUCAUUCCUGCAAAUACUCUUUGACUAUAUUAGACACCAUUGGUGAAAUAAAAAAGGUCGGACGCCGGCAGCUUUGGGGCAAGCAGAAAGCGGCGUUGAGUAUGUGUUGCGUUUGCCUGGUAGCCUGUCCGACACUGACCCCUCAUAUAAAUUGAAGUCAAGCAAUCCAAACUCUUGGUUGAACACCAGUACCAAUAUAAUCGCAAUAAAACACAUGGCAAUACGAGCCGUUAGAUUUCCAAAGUAAGGAAACUUAGAAAAUACCUGUACACUUGUGCAGUUCUUGGUUUGGCAUCAACCACUGCGGUCAUCUUCACUACAAGACAGUAAUCAUACUGGACGAUAUGGCAAGCAUCAAUUCGCUCAAACAGGCUCUUAAGGAAAAAGCUAUGGAGACGGCUUCAUCCUGGAGGCAACCGUUAUCUGACGCACAAUACGACGCGGGUUUCAAGAUUCUAUUGAAAGGCUCAGGAUGGGCAACUUACCAAGAUUUUAUCAUUCCCCAACUAUCUCAACUAUUAACUCCUCUCUUCAACCUGCGUACUGGUAUUUCGGUGUUAGAAAUUGGCCCUGGUUCGAAGAGCGUACUUGGAUAUCUACCCGGCCACCUGAGACGGGCAAUCAGCGAAUACGUUGCGUUUGAACCAAACGGCACGUUCGCGACGGCCUUGGAAGAAUGGCUUGGACCUCACACAGAGAUAGAGCUUCCACUACCGCGCCUAGAAAGCCCUGCCGAAAUUCACCGAGAACCGUUUAUUUUAGAUAUGGGUGCCGAUACCAGUGGCAACGAUAAGAAAUAUGAUGUCGUACUUUUCUGCCACAGCAUGUACGGCAUGAAACCCCAACACGAAUACAUUGAACAGGCGCUGAAAAUGCUCGUCGAGCAGCCAGAGGGUGGAAUGGUAAUAGUUUUCCAACGCGAGGGGACCUUGGACCUCGACGAGUUGGUGUGUCAUCGAGCGGCUUCUUUCCCUACGGGAACGGUUAGCGUGGCGGAUGACGAUGAGACAAUUGAUCAUUUUGCUGCUUUUUUUGCGGGCUCUUCUAUACAAGAUAUUCACGCUGAUCAAGCUCUCUUAAUCGAGUGGCGCAAGGUAUGUCGCGAUUUAGGCAGUCACGAGCAAGCCCACGCGAACCAUCUCCUAUUCAGCUCGCCUGACGUAAUGGUGGCCUUUACUCAACACGCCACGGCAUUGAAUGAACUGAUAGAGGUUGUGCCGGAGAAGUGGGGUAGGACAGUUAAAAAUCGGGAGGCCAACCUUCACUGUCCUGCCUCGAUUAUACGACCUACGGAGAUUCUACAUUUCCAGCACUGCGUCCGAUGGGCUGUGAAGCACAGAGUUGGUCUGACCGUUAUAGGAGGUGGACACAGUGGCCACUGUCUCUGGCCCGGCACGAUAGCGAUUGACAUGAGCGCCUUUGACCAAGUACAUGUUAUUGCGGCCGACGGAGAAGAGGAAGGACAUGUAACUUCCAAUUACCUAAUCGUCGCUGAAUCCGGUUGCACGACGGGAGACAUCAUCCGUAAGACUAUGGAAGUUGGUCUGACGGUGCCUCUUGGGGCUCGUCCAAGUGUGGGUGCGGGAUUAUGGUUACAAGGCGGAAUUGGGCACCUGAGUCGGCAAUACGGACUGGCAUGCGAUUCUAUCAUCGGCGUCGUCAUGGUAAACGUUGAUUCUGGCCAAUUGCUCUAUGCAGGUGACGUACCAUCGCAGCACCAGCGUGGCGCUGUGCGCGCAGAAAACGAAACCGAAUUGUUAUGGGCAAUAAAAGGUGCCGGCACCAACUUUGGAAUCGUUGUUAGCGUGACAUUCAAAUCCUACAGAGCCCCAGCCUAUGUGGUUCGAAACUGGGGUUUCUCGCUGAGCGAUAAAUAUGAAGCGCGGCGUAGGUUUAACCAAUUUGAUAAACUCGUUAGUAGAGAACUCCCACGAAACUGUUCGGUAGACGCAUAUAUGUAUGGGGAUGGCGGCCAGCUACAUUUUGGUAUAACUACGAUCGAAUCUUGGGUAACUACUCUUCCUGUCGAGGGAAUGACUCCCGACGAGGCUGUCGAUACAGUUUUGGGGAAGUGGGACAGCGAAAAGUGUGUAGAUGGCGUUGGUUUGUUCGAGACGGAGAUGUACAUAUCUGCUAUGCAUGGUGGGCAUGGUGGUGGCAAGACUUCCUCUUUUAAGCGAUGUCUAUUUUUUAAUAGCAUCCAGACAACGAACAUUGACGACAUAUUCAUACUGGCCGUUGAAACUCGUCCGACACCUCUUUGCUACCUGCAUUUCUUACCAGGUGGCGGAGCAGUGCGCGAUGCUAAGGACGAUGCCACUGCUUUCGGAUGCCGAGACUGGGACUUUGCCUGUGUAAUAACCGGAGUCUGGCCCCGCGAUCGAGAUGAAACCGAAACCGCCCGAGCCGCCGUGCAGUGGGUUUACAAGACCGCCGGGGACUUGCUACCUUUCAGCAUCGGAGUUUACGGCGCUGACCUUGGACCCGACCCCCGAGAUGCCACUUUUGCUACUAAAGCAUUCUGGUGUAACCUACCACGCAUAGCCGAUCUUAAAAGCAAACUGGAUCCGUUCAAUGUGCUAGCAUACGCCUGCCCGGUCCAAUAUCCGCCGAUAGACCCGCUACUCGUCAUACUUGUUACAGGCGAAAGUUGUGUGGGUAAGGAUUAUUGCGCAGAAAUUUGGGCCUCUAUGUUCGCCAACCUCCGUGUACCACCUAAGAGAGCGUAUACGGCUAGAAUCAGCGACGUGACUAAGCGAGAAUACGCCACAAAGACCGGCGCCGAUUUCAGUCGCCUGCUUGUAGAUCGCGCCUAUAAGGAAGAACACCGACCAGCAUUGGGGGUGUUUUUCCAGGAGCAGGUGCAAAAGCGGCGUUGUCUGCCGGAAAAACAUUUCCUGGAUGUGGUGCGUACCGCCGGCUUAUUGGAUGUGCUACUAAUCACCGGGAUGAGAGAGGAGGCUCCCGUUGCAACUUUUUCGUAUUUGGUGCCGGGUACAAAGUUAGUCGAAAUCCGUGUAGAAACUAGCGAUAAAACACGGCGUCUUCGCGGGGGAGGUCAAGGCGAUGGUAGUGAAAAGGCCUUGGACUACCGUCCUGAUUUCAUUUUCAAUAAUGACACAACCGGAAACGAGGGAGUUGAACAGUUCUUCAAGAAGUAUAUGGCUCCUCUCGUCGAUGUAGACUUGCUUGAUCUAGCCGAUAUGGUGCUCAAGGUGCCGGAUUUUCCUCAACCGGGUACCUGGUUUCGCCAUGUGCUCAACAUCUCGCAGUCUUCUGGGCUGAAUCUGUGCACGUCUCUACUUGAAACUCAAUUUACCGGCAAUUGGGUCGAUGUUGCUGCGAUAGUGAGUUGCGAGGCAGGCGGCUUUCUCUUUGCUGCGCCAUUGUCUAUACAAGUUGAUGUGCGCAUGACUCUCAUCCGCGACGCUGGGAAGUUGCCCCCUCCUGUUAUAUCCGUCGCCAAGUGCCCAUCUUAUGUGUCGGCUUCUUCAGCAUCCAACCAGCCGAACAAGAGGAUCGAAAUGCGGCCGGACCUCAUCACGAAAGAUGCACCAGUGGUGGUGGUAGACGAUGUGCUCUCGUCGGGGGAGACGAUUUACGCGAUGCUACAGCUAUUAAAGAAGGCUGGCGUCAGUCCCGGGAAUGUUACUGUUAUGGUGGUAGCUGAAUUCCCAGCUCAUUGCGCCCGGGCGAUGCUACGACAACGUGGAUUUGGACGAGUCAAGAUUCAGAGUCUGUUCGCCUAUCCUGGUAAAUAAGAAGGUGAAAAGAAG